AUUUUUUGAAGUGAAAUGAAAAUGCGGAUAAAAAGAGAAUCACCGUGCCUAUUGCUAAGAUUUAUGCCAAUCACCAAAGUCGAAUACGGUAAUAAAAGACCGAAAGAUAACCUGGAUACUCCUUGCGGUGAAGAAGAAACAAACUCCUCGUCCAGUCGGCCAUCGCUGACGAGGAGUUGUAGUAGUCCUGCUGUAUAUGAUAUCGAAACACAUCCCGCCUCACCAGUUUUCCCACAUCUAUUGCUGGGCAAUGGCCGUGAUGCUGGCGAUCCCAGCAGUGUGGGAGCAAAUUGUGUUUUAAAUGUUACCUGCCAAGCACCGAGCACAAAUCCAAUGCCGGGCCUUAAAUAUAUGCAAAUACCUGCCAGUGAUACACCACAUCAAAAUAUUAAACAAUAUUUUCAGGAAGCCUAUGAUUUUAUUGAAGAUGCCCGUAAAACUGGUUCGCGAGUUUUACUACAUUGCCAUGCGGGAAUAUCUCGCAGUGCCACAAUUGCCAUUGCCUAUGUUAUGCGCUAUAAAUCGCUAUCGCUGUUGGAAGCCUAUAAAUUGGUGAAGGUGGCCCGACCAAUUAUAUCACCGAAUUUAAAUUUUAUGGGUCAGCUAUUGGAAUUGGAGCAAAGUUUAAGGUUAAGCGGUGUUCUGGAACCCAUAUCACCAGCUAGUUGUCCGGCAGCACCAUUACCACCCACACCACCAUCUAGUCAAAAUAAUGAUGAUGAGGACGAUGAUGAGAAAUGUCAACAAAAUGGCGAAAAGUCCUGCAACACAAUCAUCACUCCCACAACAAUUGUAACACCCACAUCGACAAAAUGCAAUGAUACAAUGAUGGAUUUGGAUGAGUGUGAUAGUGGUCACAGUAGUGGCGGCAGUAGUAAUUGUUCAUCAAGGCUUACCUCACCGCCCAUAACACCCGAAGAUGAGACACCCUGCACAUCAACAUCAGCUGCGGCGGCAGCCUCGUCGUCGUCAUCAUCCUCUUCAGCGUCAUCGUUGUCAUUAUCACUUUCGCCACCAUCACCUGCAGCAGCGUCAUCAUCAUCAAAUCAUUUAAGUGCUACCCGCCCUUCACGCUUCAAACGCAACUCACCAGCAAAACUAAGGCUUAAUUUACAAUCAACCUACGCCCCCAUACCCAAAUCUUUAUCCUGCAUGACAAUACACAGCGCCGGCAUAAGUCCCAUAUGUAAAGAACCACCCGCAACACCUUCAUGUGAAAUGAUGGCGGCCCCCGCCGCCAUGGGCUUUAGCAGCAGUAGCACCAAUAGCAACAGCAGCAGUCAUACUGAUUGA